UCUCCAGCCAACCUUGCAAGGAUUUUUCAGCACGGCAUUGUGAGAGCUCUGUACGAAACCUUAACACACACACCUGCUCCGUUCAUUGAUCAUCGAAUUACAACUAAAAGUUCACAACAAAUACAACAACUAAACCAUAUUCAUGGUGAUUAUGACGAUGACGAUGAGGACCGAAUUUCAGAUAUUUUAGGGACAGGGAUUGAAAAAGUUGAUAUGAAUGAUAUGAGUGUUGACCAUGAAGAAAAUCCACCCGUUUUUAUGUCGGAAGAGCAAACAAAAGUUUUUGCAUGUCUUAUAUUACCUGCGUUGAUUCAAGCUUAUUAUUCUACUAAUAUAUCCACUGAGGCUAAAACUUGGGAAAUCAGGGCGAUGAUUAUUGAUU